AUGAUAAAUGAAAAGAUGGAUGAGAAUCAAUUCGAGAAUAGCAGUAUUGUGUUACGUAAUGAUAUAAAUUGUAGCUAUUAUAUGACUAAUUAUCUUAAUGAGCGCUUUUGGCUUGUAUCAGUUGUUGGUACUUCGGUAGCAACACUAUCUAUCAUACAAAAUUCAUUUUUGUUUGCUAUACUAAUUGCUAAAAAAUCUCAUCGUCAGUCUUAUGUAUUAUAUUUUAUCUUACUAGCAUUUUUUGAUAUACUGAUUGCUGGUGCAUACAUUCCAUUAAUGUCCAUAUCACAACUUGCUGAUUAUUUCAUGUCACCUUUACUACUUCAGGCUUGGUACGCAUAUAUGAUACCAAUGAUAACGAUAUCACAUAUAGCAAUGACAUCAUCAUCAUUCCUCAUUCUUGCGGCAACAUUUGAACGAUACUGUAUGACAGUUUCGCCAAAGAUGGUGGAUUUUUUAAAUCGUUAUCGUGAUUAUAUUGCAGCUUUUGAUAUAAUAGUUGGUAUAGUGACUAAAUCAUCGCUUGCACUCGAAUUUAAGAUUAAGCAAAAUAUCGGAUGUGCUGGAAAAAUGACGGAAUAUACGUUAGAACUUUCUUCCAUUGCGCUUAAUCCAACGUACAAUGUGCUGUGGCGUUUUUGGUUUCGUAAUAUUAUCACAAUAUUGUUACCAUUUUUUUUGCUUGCUUUUUUUAAUGGACAAAUUGUCAUCGUUUUACAACGAAAUCAACAUACAAAUCAAACCGGUGAUUUUGGUAAAAAUCAAAUUAAGGGUCGUGUACGAACGGCUACAAGAACGCUUGUAUUUGUUGUUUUAACCUAUCUUCUUUCCAAUAUACUAAAUGUUAUCAUUACAAUAUGGGAAUAUAUCGAUAUCGAAACUUUGAUGGUGGAGCAUACAGGAUUAUAUAUAUUUUGCACUGAUCUGGUGUCAUUGUUUACAACUUUGGCUGGUUCAUUACGAUUAUCUAUUUAUGCGAUUUGUAAUCCACAAUUACGAUUGGAAUUUAAACAAGGAGCUUGUAAAAUUUUUAAACUGCCAUUGAAAUUUAAGGUUGUUACUUUUCAUGGUUUUACUUCACCCAAUAUGCCAAAGAAUCGAAGAAAAGAAUAUAAUGAAUGUGUUACUAAUUUCAAACAAUGUUGCGCCUAA